AUGUUGUCAAUUUUAAUUCAGAGGUUCUGGAUGGAAUUUAUCGAUGAUUUUGAAGUUCUGGCUGGAACCUAUCAAAGAUUUUGGAAUUCAGAGGUUCCAGAUAGAAUCUAUCAAAGAUAUUGGAAUUCAGAGUUCUGGAUGGAACCUAUCGAUGAUUUGAAAUUCAGAGGUUCUGGAUGCCAAAUAAUGGCUCUGAACUCUUAUUUUGAAGGUCCUGGUUCUUCAGUUUUUGACUUUGAAGAUGAAGGGUUCUUCGAUUCCUGGACUUUGAAGACAACGGGUUCUUUAGUUUUGGACUUUGGAGAUGACAGUUUUGCGGCUUCCAGUCAAAAUAACUGGAUUUAUAAAAUUGGCCAACACUACUUUAUAGAAAAGUUUCUGGAAAGAACUUCGAAGGUUCCUGGAAAGCUCCUUGAACGGAACUUUGAAGCAGAAGCUGAAGCUGAAGCUGGAGCUGGUGCAAGAGCAGGAGGAGACUUCUUGGAUGAGAACUUCAAAGGUUUGCAACUUCUCAGAGGUCUGCGACUUCUUGGAUGAUAUCUAAAGGGAACUUUGAAGGUAUUCUUUGAAGUUCUUUAAAAUUUUGUUCUUUUUCUUAACGAAACGUUACUAACUAAUUGAACGUUUUCUACUUUUCUACUUUUUGUAGGUCUACAAGUUUCUGGGCACUUUUUAAAUGCAAAUUUAAAUAAUUAUUUGUUGGAAUCGAACCAACUGGAACAAUGUCUAAACCAUUAACAACAAAUAGUAGAGAAAAGAGUAAAUUAGCUUUAGUUUUAGUGCAUUUGCUAAUAAAUAUUAUUACUUGUAAAUAUAUCUAAAUU